AUGAUGACGAGAAAGGAGCUCAUCAGACGCUUCUACUCGAGGCUCCAGAGCUGGCAGCAUCGAGAUGUUGCUGUUCGAAAGCAUGGCAUGGCCGAAAUCAAGAAGUUUCUCAAGAAUCAUCCUGGUUGCGCUCAAGUUUGGGUUGAUUCUGUCCCGGAAGCACAUCUGACUGAGGAGGCAACUAUGUCUUUGCAAUUGCCUCGUUUUCUACAAUCUCAGCUGGAUACGCAGGCGUACUUUGCUAACGCUGUCAGACCUUCUGAACAGGUUUGCGUCACACUACGAUUCGCCGCCGCACAUCUUUCCACUUCUCAGGGCUGUUCGUUUCCGACGCUGUUCCGUGGAGUUGAAAACGACGAUAACCAGAGAAGCUUCUGCGUGUUUGCCUAUCUCGACAUCGAGAUGGCCUCUCGAAAAUAUUCGAUUGCCGAACUGAUGGAGCUCAAAGGCGCAAAUGUCUCCAGCGUCCUCUUGGAUAAGCUCAACGGCAACACAGACAUCCGUGAUGUUGUUAGACGCAAUUCUACUACAAAGCCCCACCGUCCGAAGCGAGCAGAUGACGGAACUCUGUCAUCGUCUACCGACAGCGAGGAGCAGAUUGUCUUCAAAGGCAAGAGAUUGAAUCGUCACCCUAUCAACAAUCUGGAUGGCGAAACCCAAUGGAGUUACAGAGGCCGCAACGCUUCCGAGCGCAACUCCAAUGAACCCAUUGCUGCUCCCACCGGCCUCGAUGCUCAGCAGAACGAAGGGUUUCAGCGCUUCUUCAAGGCAGUCGUGUCGCCUACUCACGUACGUGUCACCGCUGGAGGACGCAUUGUCCCCAAUACCCGCGGAACAACUUCUCCCUCAGCAAAAUGGGACUCGGAGAGAGCGGGCCAUGAGAGCGAUUCGAGUGAUUUGACCAAGAAGGUCAACCAAAGUGAGACUGUUGCCACUCACAGCAUCAGUGACCAACAGCCAACCCCAGCUACAGUCAUCCCUCCCAUGAUGCUACAGCCCAUGGCUCAUCCGAUCUAUGCUGGUAUCUCGCCCAUGUAUGCUCCCAUGCCGGUCUUUCCCAUGGCCAAUGGAAUGCCUAUGCCUUACGGUCUACCUCAAUCCCAACUACAGUCUGGCUCUGAUGUUAGCUCGACACCUGGUCUUCCAUUCCGAAGCGAGAAGCAGGAUGAGAGCCAGUCUCGCAUGGCCAAUCCUGUAACCGACCAAGAGGACCAGAAGACCAAGCCAGGCCCCAUCAAGAUCUCACCGCCAGAGCAGUUCGACCAGAAUCGACCUUACUUCCUCAACGGAAACGUGUACUACCCUGGUAGUGGUCCAUUGCCUGUGCAGGGCCAGCCAACCCCGAUUACACCCUACUUUAGUGGCGUGCCCGUUCAUCCAUCGGUUACUCGCAUUGCCUCGACCGGUCAGCCAUCUCCUAUGCUGCCAAUGUCUAGCCCGUAUGGAUUGAUGUCGCCAGGUUUUGUCCCUCACGUGGGUGCAGAAGUCACAAACACUCCUCAAUCAGAUGCCAAGUCUGUUGCAACACCACGUGUAACCACCACAAAGACUCACAUGACCUCCAUCAAGCCGAGCCAGAUCACAAACAGUCAGCUUACAACACUUCGUUCUCAGCUCAAGUAUUUCGAGGACCAGCUCCAAUACAACAAGCAUCAGAUUGACGAAAGGGCUACUCAGGAUCAGGUCCAGUCGCUUCGCAAGACCAUCGAGAGUUUCGAAGAGACUUACAAGAGACAGAUCAAGUUUGAGCAGUCUAUGCGCUCGGAAGAUGAGACAAUUGAGACCACCACGGGCUUGACCCAAGGACCACCCCCAGUUCAAGUCAGAACUCCCUCGACGCCAGGCUUCAACAAGAACUUCCCGAUCGGCACCUCGCACAUGGAUGCAGCGAGAUCCACUGAACAGCUACACUCACAGACCAUGAUCGAUCAGCUCCGUCAGAAAUCCUAUGCUGAUAGACGCCUACGAGUUGGUAUCAACUGUUCCAGAAAUACGGAUACCAGCGAAGCCUUGGGAGCUCUGGAGGCACAUCUGAUCAAGAGCAAGAAGACCUCUCUUCCCACAAGAGCAGCAAUGGCCCCCAUCUUUGAGCCCAAGAGCGAAACACCUUCUGUGCAAGACCCCAGCGACUUCACUUCUGUCACUGAUGCAACUCUCGCAGUCCAGUCUCCUUGGGAGCAGCCCAAGAUCCCCACUCCGUAUCUUGUAGGCCAAUUGCCUGUGGGCAUGAGUGUUGCAACUGCUCGCCCAUCAGACUAUACCUAUCUCAGAGAACUGAGUGAUGAGGAGAAGCGUGCCCGACAUGUAUACUGGGGCGGCAUUUCUGUCAAGGGCUCUGGUCUUCCCAAGUUUGAUGGCAAGGAUUUCUACCCUCCAUCGCCCGUCAAGUCACUGGAAAACUCAAUCCUGACAACUAGACCGGAUACUACUCGCCGCACCGAGAAGUCGGAGGAUCCUUUCAAUAUGGGUCAGGCUAUGGAUAUUUCUCGAACUGCCAAGAGUACUAGAAAGAUCAGCCAUGCUGUUCCUAUCAUCAACCCUGAGACUAUGGCUCGCGAGAACGUGGAUGUUACUCCCAAGGCUGGCACCAACGCCGGCAUGCGUGGCAACAUGGACGCAGAGAAGCUGCGCAAGGCUGUCCGUGAGAAGCCACAGUCGUCUCCUACGAAGACAUCUAUGGCAACAGUCAAUGAGGGAAUGCAGGCUUUCAAUGUCCGUCGUGGCUUGGAUCGAUCAAGCAAGGGUUCCAGCAACGACCUCUGGCAGAGUAUGAUGAAGAAAGGACCGACCAACGGUCCUGCUACUAUCAGCUCAGUCUCGUCAAUGACUGCCAAUGGCUAUCUCCCGCAAUUCGCCGGCCACGCUGCUGCAUCUCUGUCGCCUGCCAUCACAAACGCCAAUAAUUCACUGUGCAACUUGCCGGGUAUGAAGGCCGACAAUGACAACGCCACACAACAACCCAAGAUGGAGAAGAUGGGAGAGAAUCGUCCUCCGACAAACCACGACGAGAUCAUCGCUGAUCUCCACAAGCGCGUAUUCCGCGAGGCUGAGCAACGUGGUCUUCUCAACUCUACCUGGCAUUAG